ACGAAACCAGGAGAGAGUGAAGAGGCAAAUUAAAUUAAAAAAACCCAAAUAAUAAAAAAAUAAAUUAAACAAAGGCAUAAACAAUACCACUCUGCUCCUGCCUCUGCCCUCAGGUACAUGAUAUAUAAAGCUCUGCCAUUCUCACUAAACCCCAUUAAAUCUUUUUUUUCUGCAGACUGUUAGAUUCACUCGGCAACUUGUAAAAACCUUGCAUCAAAUUCAAAAGAAAAAAAAUGGUGGUUCCUGAAGGCGGUGGUGGUUGUGGCGGUCGGGAUGGUGGUGGUGGUAGGUCUCGUCUGCCACUGUCAUCAGCAACCCAGUCGCCAAAACCCAGCAAUGGUUUAGAAGAAGCAGAGAAUGAGCUGAAUAAAGCCACAGAAGAAGUGGCUCCGGCCAAGGAAGAGCAAAAGGCAGUGACUUUCAAAGGUGGUAAUUGUGAUCGGUCGUCUUCUUCGUCUUCAUCCCCUGCUUUGCCAAAACCAGCCAAGGAACUGUUCCGUAUUAAAGAAGAAAACAUAGAUGUUGUAAUUGUGGAUGAUGAUGUUGAUGUUGAUGGGGGAGAUGAUGGGAACUUUAAUGGUGGUGAUGGUGGUACAUUUUCUUCAUCUUCAUCCAUGGCGUUGCCUAAACCCAUGGAGGGUUUGCACGAGGCAGGACCACCACCCUUCUUGAACAAGACUUUUCAAGUGGUGGAUGACCCAGAAACCAAUUCGGUUGUUUCAUGGAGUGCAGCUGGUCAGAGCUUCAUUGUUUGGGACUCUUACGAGUUCUCCAGGACUCUCUUGCCCAAAUACUUCAAGCACAACAAUUUCUCAAGCUUCAUCCGCCAACUCAACACUUAUGGCUUCAAGAAGGUUGAUCCGGACAGGUGGGAGUUUGCAAAUGAAGGGUUUCAGGGAGGGAAGAAGCACUUGCUGAAGAACAUCAAGAGAAGAAUCAGAAAUAACAAGCAGCCAACUGUAGGCUCUGUUGAUUCAACCAAAACUGGGUUAGAAGCCGAAAUUGAAAGUCUAAAGAAAGACCAAGACUUUUUGAAAUUGGAAAUCAUGAAUCUCAGACAACAACAAAAGUACUCACAGCAUCAACUGACUGCUGUUGAACAACGAAUUCGAAAUUCGGAGUGUAAGAACCAAAGGAUGCUCUUUUUCCUCACCAAAACAGCCACAAAUCCCACCAUUGUCCAAAAGCUAAUUCAGAAGAGAGUGAUAAAGAGAGAGCUGGAUGGGAGUGAUCUACGCAAGAGAAGGAGAUUGCCUUCAGUCCAAGUCCUUGAAACCUUGCGUGAUUGGAUUGAUACCAGCCUCAGUUUGGAUUGUGGAAGCCAACUUGAGGAAGAACUGGUACCUAUGCAGUCUGUGCUUGCUGAACAAGUGGCAGAGGCAAAGGUUGCCAAACAAAAUGAAGCCCCAUUGCCAGCUCCCAUGAUUGAUAAAUCAGGCAAUGCAGUUCAAGAUCUUAAGCCCCACGUGAUGGCCGGAACCGGCACGGAAGACAUGCCCACUGCUUAUCAUGGCAUGUCAGAGAAUUUCCAGGUGGAAAAUGUAGUCUUUGAUGAAGAUGAAUUUGAAGUCGAUGACUCUAAUUUUUAUCAAGAAUUGGAGGAUUUGAUUGGCAAGCCACAUGAUUGGAGUGGUUAUGUAAGUCACUGCCUGAUGGAGCAAGCUGGGGUAAUUGGGGCCAUGCCUUGAUUUCACAGUUGCAGAGACCUGAGAAUCAAGAUGCAACAUCAGACGAAUGAAGAACUCCUUAGCCUAUCUUGUGUAGUUGUCCAUAUAACUUUCUGUGUACUUUUCUUCCCUAAACCCUUGUCUUUUUAUACCUAAAUUGUAAAUAUCUCUCCCUCUCCGCUGCUGAACUGAUACUGCACAGCUUGGUUUAGCAGAUAAACUCUGUAUAAUAGAGUGCAUGUUAAAAAUCCCAUCUUUCAGUUUUGCUUCAA